GUAAUUGGGUGAUUAUGUUAUCUCAUGAUUAUAGUUAAUAAUAAUUACAUAACGAAAAUGGCAGCUGAGAAUUCCAUAGUGGUUGUUGGUAGUUGCAUGAUAGAUUUUGUCAGUUAUGCACCCCGAUUGCCACAAGAAGGUGAAACUAUCCAUGGCACUAAAUUUGUUACAAAUUUUGGUGGCAAAGGGGCCAACCAAUGUGUAGCUGCUGCUAAAUUAGGUGGCAACACAACUUUGAUUGCCAGAGUAGGUGAUGAUAUUUGGGCCGAUAAGUACAUAGACAAUCUGAAAGCAUGCAAAGUAAACACAAAGUAUAUGGAGAAAACAGAGGGAUAUGCCAGUGGAGUUGCACAGAUUACAGUAUCAGCUGAUGGGGCAAAUCAGAUUGUUAUUGUUGCUGGUGCAAACUCUAAACUUUGUCCAGAUGAUGUUAGGAGAUCUGAGCAGGCCAUCAAGAAUGCAGCUGUUCUGGUUUGUCAAUUGGAGACUUGUGCAGAAGUUGCCAUUGAGUCAAUGCAAUUGUGCGGUGGUGUUACAAUAUUGAAUGGAGCACCUGCAGUUAGCCAAUAUGAUAUGAGAUUGUUGACAACCCCAAAGAUUUUCUGUGUUAAUGAAAGUGAGGCUUCAAUAUUCAGUGGUGUUGAAGUGAAGAACAUCAAUGAUGGUAAAGAAGCUAUUGAAGCUUUGCUGCUGAAGGGCUGUAACAGCGUUAUAUUAACGUUGGGUUCCGAAGGAGCUCUGUACUCUUGCAAAGCCGAUCCCAAUAAUUUUGUUUACGUUAAAUGCCCGAAAGUGAAAUGCGUUGACAGCACCGGAGCUGGUGAUUCUUUUAUUGGUGCUCUGGCUUAUUUACUUGCCAAUAAGAAGGAUUUGAGUAUGGAAAAGUGCUUGGAGCAAGCGUGCACAGUCGCAUCGGACAGUGUUACCAAGCCUGGUACACAGAUCAGUUUUCCUGGUCCCGAGAUUUUGUUGAAACUUUAAUGUGAAUUUACACUUAGAUAAUCAAUAAAAUAAUCAUAGAAACAUAA